CCCUCUCUCCUCUUCCUCUUCCUCUUCUCCCUUCGUCUCCAACGCAGGUAAAAAAAAAAAAAUCCCACUUCGCCCCCUCGCGACAUCCACCCACGCCUCCCGUGGCCGCGCCCUCGCCUCCGACGCCGCGUCGCUCGCCGAGAUCGCGCGCUCCCCCUCCCCAAUCCCCAGGAACGGUGAAAGGAGGUGCCUUUGGGCGAGGAAAGAGGCGGGGAGAUCGCAGUUCGCUGUUUGUUGGUGUGCUAAUGGUGUAAAGUUGUUACCUUUGGAGACUAGGUCGGGGAGUUGUAAGAUGGGUGGGGGUGAUGGUGACGAGGGGCAUGUCCUCGGGGCGGAAGGGAACUCGGACGACGACGAGCGGCCGCUGGGAUCGCUGUUCAAGAAGAAGAUCCGUGUUCCGAGGAAGAGACGGGAAGCGGCGCCGGAAGCUAGGGCGGAGGGAAACCCUAGAAUCAACGAGAGGGGCUCCGGCGAGGUCAAUGAUACAUUGGCUGCCAUGCGGAAGAAGCUGAAGCGCCGGAGAAGGGUUGGAGAGGCCGAUGGCGCCGGAUCUGGAGUUGGACAAGAUUCUACCACUUUGGACGGAGAUAGGGUUUCAGAGCAAAAGGGAGCUCUAGCAGAGGUUGAUAAUUGCUCGGACCAUUCUUCUGAUUUGGUUAAUGAUUCGCUCUCGGCCUUCCUAACUUCGCGGUCGGUUCGGAGGUCGAGACAAGUUUCUAAGAAAUCCAAGGAAACAGCUCCACGUGGUAUUAACGACGCGAAACGAAGCCUUAAUAAGGCCUCGGAUGAUGGUUAUGGUGGAAAAAAUGGCGAGAUGAGUACACGUGCUGAUCGGUGCUCGACUCCGAAUUCUGAUGAUGAGCUACUCGCCAAUCAGCAUGUCGUGGGAAAAACUCAGAAAGGGAGAGCUGGAAAUAAAACUGCUCUAAAGCAGCCGAGUCGAAUUCCUAGCAGAGCUUCUAGGAAACCACUUUCUUCUUCUGCUCAAGAAUUAUUAGUUCCCAUUUCAGGAUCGGAAGUGAAGAAUGUAGAAAAGGAUUUUGACAGUUCCUAUAGAAAGUUGGACUGUAAUUUAGAUAACUCAGCACCUUCCUUAAUUCAGGCGAAGGAUUCUGAUUCCGUUUUGAAGGCGAAGGAUGAUAAAUUGUCAGCAACUCAGAGAGAAAACAACUCAAUCCAAGCUUCUGACAGAGCCUUAGAAGAUGGAUCAGACCAUUUUAUUAGUGGGAAUGUAACUCAGUUAAAAGUUCCAACAUGGACAAUUGAUGGCUCUGGGUUGAAACCAUGUUCUGGAGAGCUCAUUGAAGAAUCUGCAUUAGCAUCUAGUAAUGAAACAAAUCAGAAGACUGAAGGUGUUUCUGAAGAAAAUCGGAGAAACAUUGAUCGGGUAGAUCUCUCUUGCGAUGAAACACCAAAUCAGGAAAACAUCAUGAACGGAGAUGGUGUAGUUCUGACUUUUCAGAAAGAAGUUGAAAAACCAUCUUUACGUGAAAAGGAGAUAUCUUUUGUUUUGUUAAGCCGGAAGUCAGAAGCUAUUGCGGAUUGUGACAAAUUGUUACAACAUUCCCCUGAUAACUGUGAGGGAUCUUUGCCAAAAUCCGAUGGCAAGAGCUCUCAAGAUGAUGGUCUCUCUUCAUAUGUUAAUAUAUCAGUAACAUCUCAUCAAGUAGUUGAAGAUUCAGCUGUUCCUUUCACUAAUUGUAAUGGGGUACCAUCUGCUAAUGCAUGCGUAGAUCAAUCUGUUAGAGGAAUCUCAGUUGUAAAUAAAUCAGCGGCUGAUGCUUUCAAAGAGCCCUCUCCUACUAUGAGCAUGAAGGAAGGUGGAAUUACAAAAGAAACGAAUGAAUAUGAUGUACAAUUGGACCCUGACAAUGCAGAAAAUCAAUCAAUGGUGCCACGGGCAAUGAGAAAUGCUAAAAAACGCAGGCAUGGUGACAUGGCAUAUGAGGGAGAUGCUGAUUGGGAUGUUCUGAUGCAUGAGCAAGGAUUGUUUACCAAUAUUUCUAUAGAUUGUAGAGACCGGUCUAUCAAAUCAAAAGAUAAGUCUAAUGCUGACUCAAAUUUGCAAGUUUUUGAUGAUGCUACCUAUGGUGCUGCUGCUGCAGUGGCGGCUGGUCUGAAAGCUCGAGCCGUUAGUCCAAUUGAAAAGAUCAAAUUCAAAGAUUUCUUAAAGCGCAAGGGUGGCCUCCAGGAAUAUCUGGACUGCAGGAACUUGAUACUCAGUCACUGGAGUAAAGAUGUUAGACGCAUAUUGCCUCUUGCUGACUGUGGUAUAUCUGAUUCUCCUUCUGAAGAUGAAUCGUCACGCAAUUCUCUUAUUCGUGAAAUAUAUCAAUUUCUAGACCGUAAUGGCUAUAUAAAUACAGGAAUUGCAUUGGAAAAUGGGGCAAAUAAACUUUUAUAUACGCCUCACUCAGAGGUUGCAAGUGAUUUUGAACUUAAUGAAAGUUAUGGACUGAAUGGUGCCAGUCAUAAUAAUGAAAUUGCUUCCUCUCGUGGAAAUGACGCAGCUGUUGACAAUACCAAAACCCUCAAUGCUCCGGAAACAGAAUUUGAUGCACGUGCUCAAGCGUACACUGAGAAUGAAAAAGAGCCCUCUGCAUACAUUAGAAAAGCAAGUGGUAUAACUGAUUCUGAUUCGAAAGGCUGCAAGAGAAUAAUUGUUGUUGGUGCUGGCCCUGCCGGCUUAACUGCUGCACGCCAUUUGCAGCGCCAAGGCUUUUUUGUCACUGUUCUCGAGGCUCGAGAUCGGAUAGGUGGUCGGGUGUGCACGGAUAGUACAUCCCUUUCAGUUCCUGUGGAUCUUGGUGCUAGCAUUAUUACUGGUGUUGAGGCCGAUAUUGCCACUGAAAGAAGGCCCGAUCCUUCCUCUUUAAUCUGUACCCAAUUGGGCCUUGAGUUAACUGUAUUGAAUAGUCACUGCCCUCUCUAUGAUUUAGUAACGGGUGAUAAAGUUCCUGCAGAUUUGGAUGAAGCUUUGGAAGCUGAAUACAAUAGUCUUCUUGAUGAGAUGGUAUUGGUUGUCGCUCAAAAUGGCGAAGGUGCAUUUAAAAUGUCACUUGAAGACGGACUGGAACGUCUUCUUAGGAAACGUCGUAUGACUCAGUCAACAUCAUUUAUUGCCACUGAUCAGUAUAAAAUGAUCUGUGAUUCCCAAUGUGUAGAUGCUUCAAAGUUCGGGUCAACAGAUAGUGGAAUCGUCAGUAAUGAAGGAAGCGAUAAAACAGAUGUAUUGAGUCCUCUUGAGAGGAGAGUAAUGGAUUGGCACUUUGCACAUUUAGAAUAUGGCUGUGCUGCUAUGCUUAAGGAUGUUUCCCUUCCGCAUUGGAACCAAGAUGACAUAUAUGGAGGAUUUGGGGGGCCUCAUUGCAUGAUUAAAGGAGGUUACAGUACUGUUAUAGAAAGCUUAGGCAAAGGACUUGAUAUUCGCCUAAAGCAUAUUGUUACCAAAGUAGAGUAUGAAACCAAGGAAUCAGAUAAUGUUUGUCAGAAUCAAAACAAAGUAAAAGUAUGCACUUCAAAUGGUAGUGAGUUUUUUGGUGAUGCAGUCUUGAUCACUGUCCCACUUGGGUGCCUAAAAGUCGAGGCCAUUAAGUUCUCUCCUUGCCUACCAGAUUGGAAACAGCUGGCUAUCCAAAGGCUCGGUUUUGGUGUUUUAAAUAAGGUAGUCUUGGAGUUCCCCGAAGUCUUUUGGGAUGAUACUGUUGAUUACUUUGGGACAACUGCAGAAGAAACGGCGCACAGGGGCCAAUGCUUUAUGUUUUGGAAUGUGAAGAAGACAGUUGGUGCACCUGUUCUUAUAGGACUGGUGGUUGGAAAGGCAGCUAUUGAUGGGCAAAGCAUGAGCUCCUAUGAUCAUGUAAACUAUGCUUUGAUGGUUCUUCGUAGGCUUUUUGGCCAGGCUUCUGUACCAGAUCCAGUUGCUUUUGUGGUGACAAACUGGGGAACUGAUCCUUUCAGUAGAGGUGCAUAUUCGUAUGUUGCUAAAGGGGCUUCUGGACAAGACUAUGAUAUUUUGGGUAGACCAGUUGCAAACUGCUUAUUUUUCGCUGGUGAAGCAACCUGCAAAGAGCACCCUGAUACUGUUGGUGGUGCAAUGCUUAGUGGUCUUCGAGAAGCUGUACGCAUUAUUGAUGUACUAAGUAGUGGCAAAGAUUAUAUGGCGGAAGUUGAGGCUAUGGAAACUGUUCAAAGACAGUCAGAAAGUGAGAAAAAUGAAGUCAGAGACCUGUCAAAGCGGUUGGAAACAUGCAAGUUUUCCAGUGAUGCGAUCCAUUCAUUGGUCACUAAGGAAGCCUUGCUACGAGAUAUGUUCUCUAGUGCAAAGACUACAUCCGGGCGGCUACAUUUGGCCAAAGAGCUACUGCGCCUUCCUGUUGAAGUCCUGAAGUCCUUUGCUGGGAACAAAGAAGGACUAGGCACACUCAACUCUUGGAUACUUGAUUCGUUGGGCAAAAAUGCUACUCAGCUCUUGCGCCAUUGCGUCCGCUUGCUCAUGCUUGUAUCUACAGAUUUGCUGGCUGUUCGUUUAUCUGGCAUUGGUAGGACAGUGAAAGAGAAAGUUUGUGUGCACACUAGCCGAGAUAUCCGUGCUAUAGCGAGCCAACUUGUUAGCAUGUGGAUAGAAAUAUUCCGCAAGGAAAAAGCUAAUAACGGUGGACUAAAGUUGUUCAGAAAUAUAUCAGCCUCGGAAACAACUAAGAUCAAAACUAAGGAUUUACAACAGGGAAAACUACCUCUGCGCCCGACUAAUGAAGUUAUGGAUAACAAAGGAUCUCUAAAGAUUCCAAAAUCAGCUGGAAGCUAUUCUCCAUCCAAACCGUACCAUAAGAAAUCUGAUAGUAAGACAACUAAUUUGGAAACCCCUAUGGAUACAAAAUCUGAAGCAAACUCACUACGCUUCCGAAAACCAGCUCAAGGUCUGGAAUCUGAGGUGGAGCAUAAUACCGUUAUUUCAGAAGAAGAGGCUGCAGCCUACGCUGCUGCUGAAGCUGCGCGCGCUUCUGCCAUAGCAGCAGCAAAGGCAUAUGCCUCUUCAGAAGCAGAGGCAACUACUUCUCGAGAGCUUCCAAAAAUACCAUCGUUCCAUAAAUUUGCUAGGCGAGAACAUAAUCUGCAAAUGGAUGAAACUGAUUUUAGAAAAAAAUGGUCUGCAGGCAGUUUUGGAAGACAAGACUCGGUAACUGAAAUUGAUACAAGAAAUUGCAAGGUUAGGAAUUGGUCGGUUGAUUUCACCGCGACCUAUGCCAAUCCAGAGGCUUCAAGAAUGUCUGGUGAUAACUAUACACAGCGAAGCCUUUCGAAUGAGAUGGCAUGUCCUUUAAAUCUUCGAGAACAUUCUGGAGAAAGUGUUGUAGACAGUCGAUUGACAAGGGCGUGGGUUGAUACUGAUAAUGUUGGCACUGGAGGAGUCAAGGAUUUUUCUGCCAUUGAGAGGUGGCAGUCACAAGCAAUGGAUGCAGAUGCUGAUUUUUAUAGAAAUUUGCGAAUUCCUGAUGAAGAAGAUUCAAAUAAAAUUUUCAGAUUACACACUGUAAACCACCAAAAGCGGACUGAUGGAAGUUCUGCCUCCCAGGUUGCUGAAAGCAAACCUAUAUUAGAUGGUCGAUCGCGAGUAGAGCAUAUCAAACAGGGUGUUGUGGACUAUGUUGCAUCGUUACUGAUGCCUCUUUAUAAAACUAGGAAGCUAGAUAGAGAGGGUUACAAGGCGAUAAUGAAGAAAGCUGUCACAAAGGUUAUGGAGCAAUGCACAGAGGCAGAAAAGGCAAUGGCUGUUUAUGAGUUUCUUGAUUUUAAGCGAAAGAAUAAGAUUCGAUCUUUUGUGGACAAGCUGAUUGAGAAACACAUGCAAGUAAAUCAAACUCCAAAUUCUUGACGUCUGAACGCUUGUUUUGUGAGUAAUCAUGUGCAAGGAAGCCAUUACCUACAAAAGGGCCUUGUGCUCAUGACCUAAAGCAGGUCAUGACUUUUGUCUCAUAGAUUGAUGAAAUCAGGAGGAUGGCGAUAAUUUAUGCAGCAGGAACAACAAUUAGGAUGCUAAUAAUCAAGGAUUCCGGAAAUGGACAUGGGUUUUCCGAAAGUGCUUCAGCUUUUGAGGAGCGGCCAUGGAUGACCUAUGUCUGUUAAAGUUCUAAAAAUUUCAGCAUUUUGCUCCUGCAAUGACCCUUAUGUUUGGAGAUGGCUCUUUCUUGAAGUUUUAUGUCAUUCAAGGUGAAUGAAAGAGAGAGAAUGGCGAUCAAAUUCUAUCUGGACUUGGAUGGCCAACUGGUCUGGAACAGGAUUCAAAGUGGCACUUUGACUUGGAUUGAGAAAAGAAAGCCUCACAUCCAUUUGAGUAUAAAUUGUCAUGAAGUAUGUUCAUGCAAAUUAACAGAACCUGUACUUUCUAAGCUUUUGGAGAUUAACCAUAUUCUUUCUUUAGGGAGUUCCAUAGAAGAGACUAGAUUAUUUUCUUUUUUUUUCUUCCUGUACAGUUGUUCAUUCUAACAACAGUAAAACUUCAGAAUGUUCAUCCCUCCCUAGAGAAGAGGCUUGUGAUGCUUUAGUUUGGAAAAGCGAAGUUAAGAUUUAUGACCAUUUAAUGUUCUUACAGAAA